AUGGUGCAAAAUAAAUUUGAUGUACUGAACACUGUGGAGGAAGGAGAGAUACUAAGUACAAAUGUUACUCAAGUUUCCACACAAGGUCAGCUAUGUGAUCAUGAAGUUAUUCCAGGCAGUAUACAGGAAAAAGAAAUUCAUAGCUCAUGGGCUGAUGAGGUGGAGGAAAAGGAAUUGAUUCCAGGAGAAGGGCCAUAUGAAGAUGGAAUACAAAGUAAUACUGAUGGAGACUCUACUAAAAAGGACAGUGUGGAAGAAUCGUGUCAUGGUGGCACCAAUGCAGCAGAAAAGGAAUUGAAUAUAGGAGAAAGCCAACAAGAAGAUGGAGAACAUGGUAAAACUGAUGGAGAAUCUAGUAAAAAGGACAGUGAGGAAGUAGGCAUCAAUACAGCAGAAAAAGGAACAAGUUUGAGGCAAGAAGAUAGUCCAGACAAAGAGGAGGUGCAAAAACAAAAUGAUCAUCCAGAUCAUGAUGAACAUUUGGAUGUUGAUGAUACAAGAGCGGAUGAAAUAAAAGGGGCUACAGAGGGUUCUACCUCAGAAAAUGUGCAGUCAAUAGAGGCAACAGUAGUGGAUGUCAUAAGUGGCAUGAUGAAGGAGCAGGUGUAUGUGGAGCAAGAUGCAGAUCCACCAGAUCAUGCUUCCUCAGAAAAGGCAUUGGUGAUUUCACAUAUUGACCAUCAUCAGGUUACAUUUUGUAGAAAGUCUUCCCCAGUCAAAGAUCUUCGUGACCUGAUCUCUCAUAAUAUAGAUGGUUUGGAAGUAGAGGAGGAUAUCAGAGAUCUCCAUAGAGAUUACAAGGAGGAGAAUAUUAAGCAAAAUAAGGACACCAUUCUUAAGCAGGUUGAUAUAUCUCCUAAUAGCAAGUCUAACAAUAAGGGUCAGAAGAAAGGCAAGAAGAAUGCUAUUGACAAGCAAAAUUCCACUCAGGGUGGUACCAAAGAGAAAUGCUACUAA